CAUUAAGAGGGUCUAUAGGGCUGCAAUUAGGUAUAAUUCGUUCCUUCUACCGGUAUUUGAGUAUACCUACCUAUCUACCAACCUAGGCACCUAUCUUGGUAUCCAACCUACUACAUACAGUACUGUACCUUUACGUAUCCUUUUUUUUUGUACCUGGCGUGAUUAAUUGCUUGCACCCAUACUAUAACGCAAACUGCCCCACACCCGGCAACAUAUCGUAAUAAUCACGGACAAAGCCCCCGUCUCCAUACUACGUACACAAGCAGUCUCAAUACGAGAUUUAUUAGAAUCUCCAUCAACUACAUCGUGAUCUGCAAAAAGGCCCCAUCUACUGCUCUGCAUCAUGGUCUGCGGGAAGUGCCAGAAGCUUUCCAAAGGCACCUCUUUGGCCACCCCAGCGGUCAAGAAGAAGUCCGAGAUGUACUACGGCUCUCCGGCUUCUUCCUCGGCCUCAAAAUCAUCUGCCACGCUGGGCCAGACUGGUGUGUCCAAGAACAAACUACUAUCCAAAGGAGCCAAGAAUCCUUACGCCCAGUACUCAAGUUCUUGUGACAAGUGCAAAACCAAAGUCUCGCAGGGGCAUAAAUACUGUCAUUCUUGCGCAUAUAAAGCAGACGCUUGCGCAAUGUGCGGAAAGUCAAACUCAAAAGCGAAGAGCGGAUCCGCUCCAGUCGUCACGGGGCAGAAGUUCUCAUCCAAAUAAGGCCAGAUGAGAGUUGAUAAGAACACACUAGGAUCGAUGGGGAUGAAUGAUCAAAUCCUCAGGAUCCAUCAAACUCCGCCCACCGCCUCCUCAGAACCACUCAUCCCGAGUCCUUGUCAAUCACCCACCUACUCAACGUGCUGGUUGUCCAUGCCCGGAGGACUGCUGCCAGUCUCAGGAGUAACAAGUGAUUUCUUCCUUCGGGGGACGUCUGAAGUACUCAUUUUCUUUGUAUUUUGUCACUUGGAGAGGUGAAACGAUGUACCACCCUUUGAUAUUUGACCAAGGGAUGUCAGCAUAUUUUGUUAAAUGCGAUACUAAAAUAUAGUUGUUUUUGUGUCGAUUUGCAGGUGCAUUUUUCUCUUCAAGAUACCGGUCCCCAUCCUGCUCGAGUCUGCGGUUGCUGGUAUGCACCACGUAGAUAUAGCUCGUUGGAAAUUUCAUGAACUUCUCG